AGCGUCUGCUUUUUGUCUUAGUCAAAUCACGACCUACAAACAAAGACAAUGCUAGGACCCUGAUCUUGAUGUGCUUUUUCCGUGCGAUGCGAAUGACGUUGUAGUGAAAUUAUGUAACGGGGGCAGGAUUCUGUCUAAAGAUGUUGAAGGUGUGGCGAGUGUCAUUCUUUCACGUAACACCACACCCGCGUCUUUCCUUUCAUUCGAGGGGACCACUUUGAGCACGCGCGAAGUUGAGCCUUUUCCCUGGUCGUAGAGGGGCACACUUCCGCAACUUCUUCUUAGUUAUCCACAUCCUCCUUACUCCACUCCGUGCGCGAGGACCCCUCCAGUUCGACAAGAACGAUGGUCGAAGCAGCCCCACCAGCGGUGAAGCAGGGCGUCACGCUCGAAGCGAGCGAGGCCGGCGUCCAGCCGGAUCGGGUUUUGCCAGGGGAGGUGGACGAAGACGGCUUCCAGCAGCAGCGUUCCCGACGACGGUCCUCGAAGAAGGCUUCUAGUAUGAAUUUCAAAAGUUGUUUCGUAUUCGUACUUGUAGUAUUUCUAUUUGGAAUUGGAGCCGUGCAUUCCAAAGCUUUUUCUUAAUAAGGUAAAUCCGCAUUACAAAUAUCAUUCCUCAUUCUCGCGCUGAGAAAAUUUGCAAUGCAAUUACUACAUACAAGUACGAUUACGAAGAUACUUUCGCACUCCAUAUGUAUCGCCGCGGAACAACUGGCGUCUUCUUCUGCCUCCAAGGAAAGCGGCGAGCCACCCGCGGCAGCAGGUGCGAAGAGGGACAGCAAAAAGUCGAAUUUGGUUUGGCGUGUGAAGGUGCAAGAAGCAGAACCAUCGACCACGUCUGCGGACGGCGUUGUGAAGCAGAGCAGCGAGGUCGCACCAGCAGCAAAAACGCCAAUAAAACAAGACGUGAAUUCGAAACCUGCAGCUUCCGGGCCCAAUUCGACGUCGAAGGGGCGACGAAGUUCCGGUACAACUACAAUUUCUGCUAGCGGCCGCGUAACUACGGCAGCGUCCAAAACCACACCCUCGCAGCUGCGCGGGAGGGACUCGACGAACACGUUGACCGGUCGUGCUUCUGGUGCCGUUGGUCCCCCGGGAAGUAGUAGUGGAAAGAAGCAGAUUCCGAAUCCAGCGACAAGUGCUAGCAAAGCCGCGAAGGAGAAGGAAAAAGAGGAUCGGCAAGCGGAGCAGGAAAUUCUGGAACAAAAUCUGAAGAAGCUGAUCCGCCCUGCCAGUCCGGAAAAGGAAAAGGAAGAGGUACAGAUGACGUACGCCGAGCGCUUGUUGAAGAGCUCCACCAGGUGGGUCCGGUCUGCGUUCGGGUUUGGAAGUAGUAGCUCCUCGAGUUCCAGUUCGGCCUCCGCCACUGCUGAGGCCACCGCUGCGAAGAAUGCUGACACGGCGGAACACGUUGCGAACAACAAGAACUCUUCUGCAGCGGAUCAGGUAGAUGCGGCAGAAGCCGCAGCUUCAGCAAAAAGAACCUCUGGUACAUUCGCUCCUGCAAGCAGAGUUUCGAAAAAAGGCGAGGAACUACCGUCGGAGCAACAGGAUGCCGGCUGGCAAACUGUUUCCGGGGAUCGCCGGAAGUCCGCAAACAAGAGAAAGAGCGGGACUUCUGUCGGAGAAGUACAAAAAAAACCGACGAGAGACGGCUCGGCAACAACCGACACCGAUAAAGGAAAAAAGGGCACCGGUCGAGGGAAGGAAAGCCGGAAAAGCAAGUCAAGAAACUCCGAAGUCGUGAACCUGAGCCUGACUGACGCUGAAUUACCUAGUACAACUGCGACGGCGAGUAGCACUGUCACAGACGCCGCAGCCGGAGUCGCAGCUAAAAACAACAAGGGCAGCAGGAGGAGCAACAGAACGUCGUCUUCGAGUGCCGCUGCGGACAUCAACCUCGGCAUGUACAUGAAGGAACUCCCAACUUCUGGGCGGAAAAGCAGUGGGUCUGCUCCGCGGAAGAGCGUUCCACCGCGCGUAAAGACGCCACCCCUGGUGGAACCGGUGAUGAACAAAGGGACCGCUCCGUUGGGAAUUGCAGCUGUUGCUCCUGCUGUGGCGGCAGCUGGUGCACCGCGAAGUUCCUCUAGUACCGCGACAUCUAGUACGAACGUCGGUAAAAACUACGCGGAAGCUGCUGCACGAACGUCGGGCGCAACUAGCAAAAGUGCUUCUGUACUCGGAAACAGCAAGAGCACCAGCAAAGGUCGCGCGGCCUCUGCGGCAUCCACGCCAGCCCCGGCGGGCCGUGGGAGCUUGAGUAUCCAAUCGCCUUCGCCACCCCCUUCCGGAGCGGGAGCAACGCGAGGCCCAGCGGUGGAGCAAAGUAAGGUGAUGAAGCAAAAGACGCCGAGCUACCGGGAUCUUUUUCGAGGAAGCAAGGGGAAAACGUGGUAUUUAUGAUCCUUGGAACAAAGGAGUAGAUGUACUAGAAGAUGGUCAUGACUUCUUUUCGAUCCGCCCCAUAGGGAGAGAAAGAGCAGUAUCUAGUGGAUGAAAGAAUGCAAACUUGUUUAUUUGCUGGUAGCGCUCGUCCAACAUGAUUUGGUUUUGGAUUUCCAUCCAGGUUCUCUAUCACGGAGGACGAUGCAGACUCGCCCCUGGAUACCCGUCCGAAGAAGUCGGUCCGCAUCAGCACAACUUCAGUGGCGAUGAACACGACCAGCGGCUCGAAAUCGUCCAUUGUGACCCCAAAAAUCACCCCGAAGGGAGCAGCUGCAGGUGCCGCCAGCACAACUACAUCGGUGCUCAUCGGCACCUCGGACGCGAGUGGCAGCAACGCCGUGGUUCCGCUCCUGGCGGAGCCGUCAAGCGCAGGAGCUGUGUCUGGCGGGAGGAGGAAAAAGGCAAGCAAACAUCAGCAGCCGAACUCCGAAGCAAACGCGGAUAAUACUCGGGAUUCGUCCGCCUCUCCAGCAAACAAAGAGGAAGCAGCAUCAGUCGAGAAGAAACCAAGGCGGAGCAAUAACAAGCUCCCGCUUUACCGCCAUGAAAUUUUCGCAAAGAAGAAAGAAGCAAAGAUGAAAGGCGCUGGUAGUUGUACGGAUUGCGAACAAGCUGCUAUCCCAGAAGCCGGAGCCGGUGCGGAGCAGAAAGCAGAAGCUAUUGACGGUGCAGCAGCAGCGGCCGAAAACCAGCCUCCAAAGAAGAAGAAAAACACCCGGGCUUCUAGGAAGAGACCUAAGCCAGCACCCGCGGCUGAGGGGGAAGAAGAAACUGCGGCGGUGACCGCCGCCCGAGCACCCGCUGGUCCCGAGAAUGCACAAGAGCUACCCGCUGCCAAUAAGAAAUCUGCAAAUAAGCCGAAGAAAGAGAAGCAGCCGGUAGCUGCGACGGGCAAAACUGCUGACACUGAUGCAGCUCCUGCGGUAAAAACCGAUAAGGGAGAUAAGAAGACGAAACGCACUAACAAGGGUGAGGGCAAGGUCUCUAAGAAUCAUUCCAAAGGGAAGGAUAAGGAAGCUGCUAGCGCGACGUCGUCGAAAAAAGGGCGAAGCGCAGCGAAGAGAGGGCGCAGCCGCGGGACAACUGAUUUGGAGAACUUGACCGACGCAGAGCAAGUUGACCUCGGGGAGGCAAUAGCCGAACGGGAUGUGAAGGAAGGGCGAGUGAAGCGGCACCGGAAGCCGAAGCAUCAGAGAAGCGCUUCAUCACACGCUAGGGCCCAGGAAUCCUCCGGGGACGAGGCAGAUGUGCAAAAAGCCGCGGUGAAAAAGGUGAGACGGUGCUGGUGCCGGCAAAUUCUCUCUUGAUCGAUUUGGCUGAGCAGUUUUUGUCUUUCAACAUGCUUGCAAAGUGAUGAAAUCAGAAUUUAUUCGUCGCUUGAAAUUUCAGCAUUGUUUCAAAAAAUUUCUUUACAGCACCUCCCCACGAUCCUGCGGCCUCCGCAAUCCUUCCGAGAGAAAUUCAGCACCGCCGCGCAGCACGCCGCUGGAUUGUGCACGUAGCAAUUGCUUUUUGUUCUUAUUUCUGUUUCGGACCACGGUGAUUUCAUGUUCAAGUGAAUUUCAAGCUUGCACCACUUGCUCCCCUUGGCUUGUUCGACAGGGACUGCGAAAAUCGCAGGGCAAAGAGAUUUAUGAAUACUGCAUUUACAAUUACAACAGGCCCUGCCAAUUCUACCACACCAAAACUGGGUGCAAGAACGGCGCAGAUUGCAAGUUUUGUCAUCUUUGCCCGAAUAUGCAUUGCAAAUAUGUCUGGGUCUGGAUGGAUGCCAGAUUUGUCAUGCUUGUCUGGCAUGACUGAAAAGUUUGUGAUGCGUGUCCAAGAAGAGACCCUUUGGCUUGUCAUGCAAAAACGCAGUUUGUCAUGCAAAAAGCGCGACACUAAGUCGCGCAAAAAUUUCCCAUGCUUGGCUGUGCAACAUUACAGGGCAUCCGCUAUUGGCAGCAUAGCAUCACAAGUUUCCAGACCCAUACAUAUUUGCAUUUCAUACCGAAAGGAGUCCAGCAGGCUUACAAAAAGACGAAGAAGCGGCUUUUGAACGCCUUGAGCUAUGAACAGGCGCUGUGGUACUUACUUAAUGGAUCCUAAUCAUUCCCAGCACACGAGAAAACCAAAACGCUAAAAAGUGUGUGCCCAUCUGUUCUGUGUGACGGUUUGAAGCCGCUUUACAGGAAAUAAGAUAUGAAGCGAAAUAGAUCAGCUUUGUCUAUACAUUUGUAUAAAACUGUCACGUCUUCUUCUUCACUCCAGGUGUUUCCCCGCUCAGACGAUGGCUUUUUCCGGCGGCGACGGCAUGAUGUACGUCUACUACCCGCCCGACGAGAGUAAUGGAUACGCUGGCGCGGUAGCCCAGCUGCCCAACACGGAGGCGCUUCAAGACCCCACCGCCGCACCCGUGGUGCACGAAGCUUUGCGGCUAUCCAAGAAAAAAAGUGUGUAUAGUGUAGCCGUGUGGGAAGAGCAGCAUCAGCAUUACAAAUUCGUUUUGCAUUACAGAAGAAACCUGUCAUGCGCAGCUAGUUCGUGAAAACACCUACUACGAAGCAUGGCUAUGACGCACUUCCAGCAUGACAAGUGUAACGGUUCUUUUGCACUUUCUGCAUCACAAACCCACACUCGCGCAGUUUUUGCGUUGCAUAAUGGCUCGCGGCACUGCAGGCCAGCGGUACGGUGGUGGAUUACGUGGAUCCUUUAUGCAAAACAAGUUUCCCGCACAAGUACAAAUAAACGCAUCAAAAAUUUUGCCAAUUCAAACUCGUAACACUCGUCAUGCUGACCAGCACUGAAGGCCUGUUUUGUUAUGCAGGAGGCCGCGCAUUCAUUUUUUUUUGUACGUCACGCGUGCGGGAAAUAUACGUGUGGAUAUCCUUCAGGAGCCGGGGGAAGUUCUGCUGGUGGUAAAAAAGCCUCUAGCUCUUCCAGUUCUUCGGCCAGUGCUGGAGUUGAAGACGGCACGGACGACUGCGACAAGAGUUCGGAGCAAGAUAGUGCUGUAGUUGUUCAACCAGGUCACGACAACGGAGGCCCUCUUGGAGCGGCAGGACUACUAGUUGGGCAACAGCAGCAACAGUAUAACUACCAGCCGUACUAUCCGACACCAUUGGGCUACAGCACGUACAACAAUUAUGGGAGUGUCAGGAUCGGAAUCGUCAGAGUUGAGAUAAUUUGUGAUGCAUUAAACGAAUACCAGUUGGCGCCUAGUUUGCAAGUGGCGCAUGACAAAUUUGGGUAGAACUGAAAUCCGGUUUGUAAUGCUGUUUGGGUAAGAAGACGCCUUUUGUCAUGCUACCUAAGCAGCUCAACUGCUACCCCUCAUAGGCUUAAAUGCAUCCGUUCUUGCGUCAUCUGCAAUAGAGGCAUUUUUUGCGUUGCAUAUUAUGCAUCACAAACUAUUUCAACUUUGACGAUUUCGAUCCUGACACAUGCAUAACAACCCCGCGAUGUUUCAACCGUGGCUCUUUUUCAACAACAGCGGGUACGGACCAGCACCAGAUAUGGAUUGCAAAAGUAUCGUACUAGUACUUGCAAAUUUGCAUGACAAAUCUUUUGGCUUUUUCUAAAGGUAGACCAGCAUUACAAAUUCCACUGGUCAUCAUGCUGAGCAACUUUGUCUUGCAAUCAAAGUACUAUAAGUACGAUACUUUUGCCAUGCAUACCAGGAUCAUUCUCACAAUACAACCCGUACACCAUGCCAACGGCUGGAUCGGUCCUUCCUGAUGGAGAAAUCGUGCCUCCGCCGCCAGCGGAAGAGGAGGAGGAGCCUGAUGCUGCGGAAGAUGGUAGCGAGGAAGAUGCUGAUCCUACGACGUCUUCUGGGGACCCGCCAGCAGGUAUGAGCAUUUUUGAGGUAUGAGCGGGCACGCGGGAAGAUCCGGAGGCAGAGGCUGCAUUGUUUUUGUGAACUCAUUUCUAUCGUGCGCUGCCUGUUCAAUGAGACUAGCAUUGAGCUGCAUUUAUGUAAAGUCAACCUCUGAUCGUGAUCUCUAACUAGGUGCAGCUGCGAACAAGCCAGAAGAUGUUGUUCCCUCGCCCGCCGGCGCAACAGCUGGUGCUCUGCCCUGGACCCUGCCUUCGCAGUGCAAAACGCGCACCAGCUCCGAUUUCCAGUUCGUCACAAGCUCUACGGAUGCCAAGCUGAUGGAAAAAAUUUUGUCGUCAACAUCUGGUACGUGAAUUUUUUGGUUUCUUCAUCAUACGCUGCGCACUGCGUUCAUCUGGUGCGACGUGUUUUUCAUGACAGACCAACAGCAAGUAGAAAAAAAAGUCGCUGGUGAAUGAUACUUCUGGUUCACUGUGCUGUCACUUAAAACACACUGACCUAUUGUUUUGUACUUCACGUUCAAAAAGUUUUCCCGCAGGCGCGUCUCCGACAGCGAAUAAGUCCAAGCGGCCUGCGCUGCUGACGCAGACAGCGAGCGCCGGAGGGACCACAACGACGAUUGCUGCCGAUCCCAACCCGCAGAAACUCACCUCCCCGACGAACACGCGCCGGAUGGGCACGCGCCCGGGGGCUCAGAAGAAAUUGAUGAGCGGCGGAACCCCAGCGGGCGGCAACGGAACCGGUACGGCGAACACGAGUCCCGACCAGUUCACCUUCUCUGCCGACGCGCCGGUAUUUGUCCCCAGUGCCUCAAAGUAGGCCUUUUCAAUAGAACAGACAGUGAUACGGUACCGGGAAGGGGGAACGAAACGAAAGAAAACGGGUGGAAUUAGAAAAAAAGUACUUUGCACUAGAACAAAAAACAGAGAAAAGUACUAUCUAUCGCUAAUAGACGCAUGUAAGACCACGACCCCUUGGUCUGGCCGCAGACUGGGGGCUGUCGUAUAGAAAUUGUUGAAGCUACUAACCCUUGACUGCUCUUCUGUUUACGGCUGUGGGAUCUAUUUCCCUAAACUUUUUCUUCUCAAUAUAGCAAAUCAUUGAUUAUGAUUUUUGAAAUAAAAUCGUCGCAGUAUUCAGACACUUCAAUACAGUUUUAGUUUUUUAGAAAGUACGUAAAGCUAAAGUUUAGACAAGUGCAAGAACUCCGUAGUAAAACGGAGACGGACACUAUGUUGUUGCUCUUUUUUUACAUUAUCACAAAAGUCCUCAUCUUUUUCGUAGUUACUACAGCCUAUUUGAAAAUAAAUUAAUUGUAGCCCGGCGCUACCUUAUCCUUGUUACGCAAGCUGUUUUUUGAGUGGUUGCAACUGCAACGUGGUGCAAAGCUUGAGGUGAAAAUAAAGCUUCUUCUUCGUGCCAUGAGAUGCUAUCAUGAUCCACAAAAAUCUUGUUUGUCGCGCAGGUCUUCCUCUGUCUUUGAGAUUUGAAAGUAUAAUUUCAUCAGGAACCAGUUUGAUAUAGUCGUUUUCGUAGUGAUGGGUGAAAAUCAAAAUAGUAGUCAGUAAUCUUGUCGGACGAUCCACCUUUCCGCUUAGCGGAAAAAUGAGUCUGUACUCAACAAAUGAAUAUGGAAAAAUGUAAUGCAGUGUAAUGUUCUAUGCAGAAUUUCUUGAAUUUUUAUGUGAGUAAGAAAAGAUUAUCAAUUCGCAAUCGCGUGGAGCUGCAGGGAAAUUCAAAAUAUGAAACCACGAGGCCAAGAUACAGCACAAAAAAAGAUACAACUUGGGAUUGCAUCACUCGCUAGGUCCUUCUUUCCAACCACGCAUGACGAUCCUAAGUAAAUCGCCG